CAAAACCUGCCAUUUUCUACACUCUUCUAACUUCCCUUUAGCUAAUCAUGCAGUCCCUACUAUCAACUAUCCUCUUAAUUACACUUUUAAUCCCAUCAUUAUUACUAAUUCAGGUUGGUUCGGGUUUUAAUCAUAUAAAUACGUGUAGGUCCUAUUGUGGAAAUAUAUCUAUUGACUACCCAUUUGGGCUCAAAUACGGGUGUGGGCAUCCAGGUUACCGAGAUCUGUUAUAUUGCAUAAAUGAUGUUCUUAUGUUUCAUGUAGCUUCUGGGUCAUACAGAGUUUCAGAUAUUGAUUAUACCUACCAAACACUCACGUUACACGACCCAAAUUUAUCGACAUGCAAAUCGAUCGUGCUUGGGUCUCGAGGUAAUGGGUUUGUGGUCGAGCCAUGGCGGGCUCCGUAUUUGAACCCGGCACCCGAUAAUGCAUUUAUGCUAAUCGGGUGCUCUUCUAAGUCUCCACUCUUCCAAGGACUCCCAAGUUCCAAGCACUUGCCUUGUAGGAACAUUUCAGGUUUGGGUUGUGAAGAUUAUUACAAGUGUCCAGCUUGGGGAUCUAUUGGGCCUACUGAAUUUGGGCUUGUAUAUGGGUCAGGCCCACCCGAAUGUUGUGCAGUGUCGUUUGAUCAACUUGGGCCUAGUCAAGGUGUAAAUCUAACUAAAUUGGAUUGUCAAGGGUAUAGCAGUGCUUAUAGCUUGGCACCCCUAAAAAUUGAUGGGCCACACGAGUGGUUGUAUGGCAUACGUGUGAAGUAUUCAGUUCAAGGACAUGAUGCAUUUUGUAACACGUGUGAGGCAACUCGCGGCACAUGUGGGUAUAAGGGUGAUAAUGAUGACGAAAUUACCGAGUUGUGCUUUUGUGGGAAUUGGAAUUCCACAUCAAAUUGUGACUCCAUUUCAGUUGAAUCAAUGACAGCUUCUGAAACCACUAUGAUGAGGGUCUCACCAUAUGCAAUGUUGAUAGCAGGAUUUGUUAUGUAUAUGAUCUCAUGGACAAAAGGUUGAAUUGAAAUGCAAAUGGCCAAUGGGAGCUUCCUCUUCAAUCCUUUUCAUUUGUACACAUUUCCAAACAACCUUAUACAAGAAAAAGAAAAUGUUUUAAUUUGAAUAGUUUAGAGAAAGUAAAUGGUAAAACCAUACAGAAUCGAAUUUUUUUUUUUUUUUUUUUUUUUUAAGAUUAUAGGUUUGAUUCUCACUUAAGCUAAUAAUUAAUUUAUAAAAAGGUAAAACCUUUGAGAAUUUUGCCAUAGACUUGAUGUGCUAAGAGUAUAUAUGAGCUUGUUAUUCAUAAUGAUUUUAUGGCCUUGUAGAUUGGUCUAUGUUGAUAGACUUGAUGGUGAAAGUGGAUCAAUUCUACAUUUUGUCAUUUGGGAUAAAAUAAAUGGAUGAAAAUAAGUUUAUUAUAAGCAUUAGUAAAAUAUAUUUAAUUUUCGUCCUCAAUUUUGACAUUGAUACUCAUUCCUGUAAUUGAUCUUUCAUUUCUAUUGGAUCUACAUGAUAUAUUUUUAAGUUUUGUUUUAUCCCUAACUAAU